GGAUGAUGCAGUGGAAGAGUAGGAUGGUGGCGCUGUUGCUGGUGCUGGCUCAGCACAGCGUGAAAGUUUGUUCACACAAGCUGAUGAGCUCCGAAGAGAAGCUGAUGAGAGAUCUUGCUGCUCUAUGGCGAGUUGAGGAGUGGGAGGGAGAGGACAUCUGCAGUUGGAGUGGAGUGACAUGUAAAGAGAUCGAAGUGAAAGGUUUGGCGGGAACUUCUCAACAGCAGGCGAUACAAUCCAUAAGAGUGUCAGGAGUGUGCCAGCACUUUGAUGACGAGAGCACAUGUGUCCUCCCCUCGUACAUCACCAAGUUUCGAGCGAUAGAACACUUGUACCUGGCGGGGAACGGAUUUUAUGGCUCUAUCCCUGCCGAUAUUGGCAGUGUAUCAAGCCUCAAGUCACUCUUCCUCAACUCAAACAAUUUGGUCGGCGCAAUUCCAAGCUCUAUCGGGAAACUGAAAAAUCUAGAGAAAUUGCACCUCAACAGCAACAAGCUGAGCGGGAGCAUACCGCGUGAAAUAGGAGGAGCGACGAGCCUUCAUCAGCUAGAGCUGCAGCAGAACGAGUUGACUGGAAGUAUACCUGACACCAUCGGCGAGCUCAAGUCUCUAGUCCAGCUGGAUCUCAACGAGAAUGAGCUGGAGGGAGAAAUCCCACCCGCGCUGGGGGCCUUGAAGGAGCUUCACAGGCUGUUCCUGGCAGACAACCUCCUACAUGGAGAUAUCCCGGCCGAGCUCCUGGGGCCGCACAUGGUGCAUCUGAAGAAAGUUGACCUGAGCAACAACAAGCUCAAGGGCUUCGUCCCUCUUGGCGUUUGUAAGCUGGGAGAUCUCAUUCUGCUGAGACUGUCGGGGAAUGCCGAGCUCGAAGGAAACGUCCCUGAGUGUGACGCUCCGUAUGGACCUUACGCAGAUGAAGAGAACAAGAAACAUUGCAAGAGUCAGAUCAAAGACAUGUGCCGGGGAUUAUCGAGGCACGACGAGUUCUAGCUUCUUUCAAGAUGUAUCCUCUUGUAUUAUACAAACGCCAGCAAACAUG